AUGACGCCGGAAGAAGCGACUAAAAUUGGAAAGGGACCUUCCCGCACAGCUCUUUCUUUUUUGACUGCAGUCAAACUGGAGACGAAUUCCGAAAGGAGGAAAAGCAAGGACAUCCGCGUCGAUGAUCCGUUAUCCAAACUGGAGCUUCUGCGGAUCGACACCUCUGGCACAUCGUGCUCCUCUUCGAAGGAGAAUUCUCUGUUUCUCACACCAUCUGACAUCUGUCGGGACCAGUCCAAAUCUCCGUUGAAUUCGUUGAGCAGGAAGAAAUUGAGUGCACCACGACUCGAAAAAACGAAAAGCGACGACAUGGUUUUUGCUGAGAUCGAAGCACUGACAGUGAUGGAAAACAACUUGUUUUGUUCUCUGAAAAACUCUUCAAAACGCCGUUGUGACGCUAUGGACAAGUACGAUAGAAUUUCGAAACUGGGAGAAGGCUCCUAUGGAGUUGUCUACAAGUGCAAGAAUAAGGAUACAGGACAGAUAGUAGCAAUUAAGAAGUUCGUAGAGACGGAGGAUGAUCCGCAUAUUAAAAAGAUUGCGUUGAGGGAAAUUCGAAUGUUGAAACAACUGAAACAUCAAAACCUGGUUGGCCUGAUCGAAGUUUUCAAAAGAAACCGGAAGCUUCAUCUCGUUUUUGAAUUGUGUGAUCGGACAGUUCUUCACGAGUUGGAAAAGAAUCCCACCGGAGUUGGCGAUGACCUCAUUAAGAAAAUAAUCUAUCAGCUGUUAGACGCCUUGAGGUUCUGUCACAGUAACAAAUGCAUACAUCGAGAUGUAAAGCCAGAGAACAUUUUUCUAACACGAAACGAUCAAGUCAAACUUGGAGAUUUUGGAUUUGCCAGAAUAAUCAAUACCACUGAAAUGUACACUGACUACGUGGCAACUCGAUGGUACCGUAGUCCAGAGCUUCUUGUUGGAGAUGUGCAGUAUGGACCGCCCGUAGACAUCUGGGCUGUUGGAUGUGUCUAUGCAGAAUUGAUGACUGGAGAAGCAUUGUGGCCAGGAAGAAGUGAUAUCGAUCAGUUGUACCAUAUUCGUAAAACUUUGGGAGAAUUCCUACCCAGACACAUUUCCAUUUUUCGAACCAAUCAGUUCUUCUUCGGUCUCUCGAUUCCUGAACCAGAGCAUCUGGAACCCCUUCCUUCAAAACUUCCAAAUGCUAGCAGUGGGCAGCUAGACUUUCUCUAUAAGUGCUUCGAAAUGUCUCCAGAGCGACGUUGGUCUUGCAGUGAGCUCAUGCAGCAUGCGAUUUUCCAAAACUGGACUCUCAGAUUACGUCUCGAUGACAGUACUCCAACAAAUCUCACUUCCAAGAGGAGUCCCAAUUAUCUUCCUCUUCUGAAUGGAAACACCAAUAAUUUGGUCUCAAAGAACUUCAGCCUACACACCAGCCAUGGAAGCAAUCUCAAUAACAAUGGAAAUGGAUUGAAUCGGAACUAUCUGCCAACCAUAUCCUAA